AUGGCAGAGACGUAUCGAAUUUCUUCAUCUUUCAUGGUAAAAUUCAUCACAAGCCGAUCGCUCUCAACAGUAGGCAAAUCCAAGACCCCAACUCGGUCCCUAACCGCCAAGCUCACCAACAAGCUCCUCACUGACCCGGAGUCGAUAACGAUGGCCUCGACCGACUUCGGUAACAUCGUCCAGGAAAUCCCCCUAGGCAUCCUCCAGCCGUCAUGCUGCGAGGAAAUCGUGGACCUUGUAAGGGCCGCAUACAGCGACGAUAAUUCCUCCGUCCUGUUCCCUAUCGCGGCUAGAGGGCGCGGCCACUCAGUCCGGGGCCAAGCCUUGGCCCGGGGCGGGGUCGUAGUGGACAUGACAUCCUUGGCGAGCAAGCAAGGUGGCACCGGCGGAGGAGCAGCCAUUGCCGUGUCGUGGAGUGCACUGCUCGGGCACUACGCCGACGUUGGUGGUGGGCAGAUUUGGAGGGACUUGUUGGAGGAGACGCUGGGGCACGGACUCGCACCGGUCUCGUGGACGGAUUAUUUGUACCUAACUGUGGGAGGGACGCUCUCUAAUGGUGGCAUAAGUGGGCAAACGUUUCGAUACGGUCCUCAAAUCAGCAAUGUGCAUGAGAUGGAUGUCAUUACUGGAACUGAGGAACUUAUGACUUGUUCGCCCAACGAAAAUCCUGAGCUGUUUUACUCUGUUCUUGGAGGUCUCGGCCAGUUUGGCAUAAUAACGAGAGCGAGAAUCGCCUUAGAUCGAGCUCCAAAGAGAGUCAAAUGGGUGAGAAUGCUAUAUAGUGAUUUCUCAGCUUUCACGAGAGACCAAGAACAUCUGAUUUCAAAGAAUGGGAGGGACCAAGACAAUGCACUGGAUUAUGUGGAAGGGCUGCUUCUCAUGCACCAGGGUCCUCCGGAUAGCUGGAGAUCUUCUUUCUUCCCUGAGUCGGACCACCUGCAGAUCGCGUCGUUGAUGGACCGACACAAAAUCAUCUACUGUCUCGAAGUAGUAAAGUACUACGACGAUCUCACCCAAAAUACAGUGAACAAGGAUCUGGAGAAUUUGUUCCAAGGAUUGAGCCACAUUCCUGAGUUCACGUUCCAAAAAGACGUUGCCUAUGUCGAUUUCCUCGAUCGAGUACGAGAAGGAGAGCUGAAACUUCAAGUGAAGGACCGUUGGGAUGUUCCUCAUCCAUGGUUGAACCUAUUUGUGCCCAAAUCUCGCAUUUCCGAUUUCAACGACGGCGUUUUCAAGAGCAUCGUCCUCAAAAGGAACAUAACGACUGGAACUGUUCUCAUUUAUCCCAUGAAUCGAAACAAGUGGGAUGAUCGGAUGUCCGUAGUUGUACCGGACGAGGAUGUUUUCUACUUCGUAGGGUUUUUGCAUUCGAGCGGGUUCGAUGAUUGGCAAGAAUUUGAUCUUCAAAAUAAGGAGUUGCUGCAGUUUUGUGAAGAUGCAGGUAUAGAGGUUAAACAGUAUCUUCCCCAUUUUGGCAGUGAACGAGAAUGGAUGAGACAUUUCGGGUCCAAAUGGAGGUUGUUCCAAGAGAGGAAAGAUCAGUUCGAUCCCAAAAUGGUUUUUGCUCCCGGGCAGAAAAUUUUCGACAGCAACUAAAGCAUGUAGAUUCGUCGCUGCUUCGGUUUAGGGUUUCAUAAGAUUUUCCAAACUAAAGC